UCCGGGUCCGCCCUUCUUCCUGCCCCUAACAUUUGCGUCACUCCCGUCGGAAAUCCCGUGUAGUUAUUUUUCACUCGAACAUGGCCGGGGAAGGUAAUGCGGGCUUCAGCAACGAUCAGAUCCUGGAAUUAGGCGGUGUCCUGCUGAAAGAGUUCAUCUUUGAUCGAGCUAGUCGUUCUGCAGACAGCAGGACCGCUGUAUCGCGUCAAGACCUGGGUGGGACUGAGCUGUGUGACCCCAACCAUAAGAAACUCGCUCAGUGUUUACAGCAGAUUGGAGACGAGCUGGACAACAAUGUAGACCUGCAGAGAAUGUUAGCCGACUCUUCGCUCCAGCCAACUCAAGAAGUGUUCUCGAAGGUGGCACGCGAGAUUUUCUCCGAUGGGAAGUUUAACUGGGGCAGAGUGGUGGCGCUUUUCUACUUUGCUUGUCGACUUGUCAUCAAGGCUCUUAUGACAAAAAUUCCAGAAAUCAUCAAAACCAUCAUCAACUGGACUAUGGAGUACCUGCGGGAGCAUGUGAUCAAUUGGAUUAGGGAACAGGGAGGAUGGGAGGGGAUCCGCUCCUACUUUGGCACACCUACCUGGCAGACCGUCGGCGUCUUUCUGGCCGGAGUUCUCACCACUGUCCUGGUCAUGCGCAAGAUUUGAAGAACAAAAAAAACAGAGAACGCAAGAGUGACCGUAAAGAAUGGAGAGAGGACGGGGAGAGAGAGAGGGAGAGAGAGAGAGGACGAGCUGAUAAGAUGAGACGGAGACAUCAAGAGAAAGAGAAGGGCAAUAAGGGGCAGAUCCACUGUUAUUUGAACGGAGAGACAGACAGACAGAGAGAGAGAUUUGACUGAGAUCGGAUGAGAGCUAAGCAUAAUGUUUAAUCACUUUGUGACUCUUGAGCCUAUUUCCUUUCUCGUCAAUAUAUACAUACACACAUGCACUGAAAUAAAGGAAACGGAGAGAAAGACUGAGGGAUGCGCGGGAGAUCGUGUUUUUAAGUUAUUUAUUUUUAUCAUCAGGCAAAUCAAACAGUAAUUACCUUCGUCUUUUAUAUAUCAAAUAGAUUAGAUGAUUAGACUAGACUUUUUUUUUUUUUUUUUU